AUGCCUUUCACGAGAAACGCUCAAUCAGAUGUUGCAGUGUCGACAUCAAACACUAGGUUUACUAACACCUAUAUUAGCCAAAAGUCUUCGGAAUCUAUCCAUUUAGUUCUAUCGGGGUGCGUGCUUCUAUAUGAGCGGGUUGUUCAUGAGCUUAUUCUUGAGAGUGAGCGGAGGAUAGCGAACGCCUCACUCUCCACACAAGUGGCAUCAACCCAAAAUCAUGAAAGUCGUGGAGCGGUGGCUUCACAGGUAGUGAGCACGAGUUCCUUCGACUCUUCCAUUCCAUGGGCUCUCCCUCCCUUGGAAGUGGUGUCAAAUUCACCAGUAGCGGUGGCUGCCUCAUUUCUGCACCGCUCUCCUGCCGGAACACGAGAAGUGGAUGAAACUUUGCCCAAUUACCAUUCUUCUGAUCUGAAGGCAACCACGCAAAGUGGGUCUUUUCGAACAUCAGCUGGCAUUGACACUAAGAACCGACAGGACCCUGGUGAGGCUUGUAUAAAUCAGACAACUUUAGCGGAGCCGAAAGCCUUAAAUCAUAGCGAUGGCAGAAACGCUCCUUUACUCUCAACAUCUUUCUCUAACCCCAACGCAAUGCCGGAGAGUUCAGUCUUGGAAAGGACAGCUUUUAUAGCGCAACAGUAUGGCCCUUCUAUCACGGCAAGGCCAGUGGGUAUUCUUUUGCUUACUUUGCAUCUACAGCUUGGCUUAGGGGAGAAUAUAAUGAUGAUUUUCCUCGCAGCGUUGGUUUACCUUGUGCGGUUGUGCACACGCUGCGUGUCGGAUCGUGCUUGCGUUACGAGCACCAACUGGUAUCGUCUCACUACAGUUGCCAUUAUGAUAGCUACCAAGAUGUACAACGAGGAAAGUGGAUUGAUAUAUGUCAACUGUGUAUUUGCAAAGGCCGCACACAUUCCUAUUAUUGACCUACAAUCUUUAGAGCUCGAUUUCCUGUACCUAGUGGAUUUUGAUCUGCUGGUAGAGGAGGAGGACGUCAAGAGAUGGGUUGAUUGGAUGGUGGUAGAGUCCACGGCAUCACGCCUACAUCCGCGAUUUGAAGCGCAUAUCCCACAAAAGGGCAUUCCCGUAGGGGAUGCCGUCGGUUACGCUCUUUCUCCCCUUCAAGAUGAGAACACUGGGUUUUUUACUAUUGAAGACAAGGGGACCAACAGCGAGUCAGGUAUCAGUUACGACCGUUCAGCACUGUCAAUGCUUUCGAAUAAUUUAUCGAAUUCAGUCGAAUACACUAAAGAAAGUUCACUUGCGGUGGAUCCUUCUUCCAGUUUCAUCAGUGACCCUUACUUGAAACUCACCGAAGCAUGCCGUUGGAGAUCUGGCAAUGACGAUUCUAUCCUUACACAAGAACAACAACAACAUCAAGAAAUAAAGGCAAUAUUCUUUCCAAUGGCAAACCCCAUGCAUUUUACACCACUUUAUGAGCCCACAGUGCCUGUAAAAAAGGAACAGCGACUUUUUAGUUCUAUACACAAUCCAAGCGAGCCGAUCAGUCCGUUGACGCUGCGUGAACUGAGCCGUCUUGGUAAAAAACAAGAUAUAUCACUCGCACCUCCGUCGCUAACAUCUAUUUCAUCAGUUAGGUUUUUCAAACGAGGUGGCACUUUAUACCACCAGCAACAUCAAAAUAGUCAUCCUUCAUCGUUGGUCUCUCAACAUAAAGAGUCGUAUCACAGUGAUAGGAACUCUUGUGGGUCUCCUCUUCAGCAUUCUCACGAAUCUGCUAUACAACAUACCCUUUGUUAUGAUGAAGGUGGUUUUUUACACCCUGCAGGACAGGUCCUUCUUGAAAAAGAAUCGACUGAAGUCUUUGAGCAGCUUCCAUUAGAUGUCAUAGACCAAAGCUUCACUCACACCGAGCAGCCUAAACUAGUUGAUGCAGCUAAAAGAGAAGCAUUUAGUGAGGCGCGCUCAACAGGCAAAAAUGGCAAUCUAUGCAGUAUCAUAGGGAAGGAAUUAUCGGAGCUAAACCCCCGGCAAGUACUGAUCGGAACAUGGAAAGAUAGACACGUCCUUGUGAAACAUGCAUACCAAAUCUUCAAUGUAUUUUCUUCAUUAGUAAAUGGAAAGCUAGAUAUCAUGGAUGAUACCAAGGCUUUGGACAGUAGUCAUGAUAUAGUCGAUGAACUUAUUCUCCUGCACAACGACAGUUAUGGCCCCAGUAGCGUACUUGAAGAUGAAGGAGCUCAUCCAAAAGUGUCCUUUUGUACGGAUUCUUUUUCAACCAAUAACGGAAAUCACCCAGACAAAGAGGCAAUGCCGAAAAAAGCGGCUACCACGAAUUCUGCUGCUGCACUUAUGCCGUUGGCAAUGCUAAAUUCCAACCACUGCGCAGUCUUUACUGAGUCACCUGAACCUGACUAUGCAAACCCAACCAUAACCAAAGGUGCUAGAGGGGAUAAAUAUCCAUUGUCUGCGAUCGCAUCCACGACCCCAGGUUCACCUCUUUCUUUUCAUAAGCCCAAGAUGCUGUCGUGCGGAUCUUCUACCUACUCCCUUCAGGCGGCUCAACGGCCUGAGGGGUCUAGGAAGGAUAUGGACGGUCACGCCGAGGGGAUCGGCACAUGCCAUCCGGAUAAGGACUAUGACCCAGACGAUUUCGAGGACUACAUCUAUGACGGCGAAGACGGGGAGGGUUAUUAUGAUGACGAUGAUUAUUACGACGAUGAUGAUGAUGAAUACACAGAGGAAGACGAGGAGGAGGUUGAGUUAUGCCGUCCUCCACCUAGGAUACAUUCGCCACCUUUGCUUUGA